UUCUUGCUGGUGCUAACUUGGCAGCUCAGCGUCAAUGGCGGUGUUCUGGACUUAUGAUUAUGCAUGUUCACUGCACGAAGAGUGGACAUUCCUCUUUUGGUCGCGCUGGACCAAGGUGAAAGGCCUUUAUAUCAUUACACGACAUCUCCCCUUUGUCUUCCUCGCCACUGAGUUGUAUAAGUACUUCAACCCGAAUGAGAACUCCGAUAAAUGCCAGAUGUUGAUCAUGAUUUACUCAUGUUUCAGCAUGAUAUCAGUCGGUUGCUCUGAAUUGUUUUUUGUGCUCAGAACAUAUGCGCUCUGGAACAACAAUAGAACCAUACUCGUAGCCAUGUUGUCCACCUCUCUCGCUGUUGCAGUUGCAUCCACCGUCAUUGGUUUCAUCACCGUUGGCACAUCACAAGUUACGACCAGCGCAAUCCCAGGCAUCCCAGGCUGCUACCGGACUUCGACCAGCUUCAAUGCCAUACAAUUUCUUCUCUUGUUUGCAUUUCAAUUAGGACUCGUCUGCCUCACGCUCAUACGUGUCAUACAGAGCUGGCAGACGACAAACGGCCCUCUGUACGCCAUCCUGGUGAAGCAUAAUAUAUUCUACUAUGCAUCUGGUCUAUUUCUCUCGGCCAUGAACAUACUCAUAUCGAUCAUGUUUGCCUAUUCCGCAUACCACUCCCUUAUUGAAGAUUUUGAGUUCUUGGUCCUUACAAUCCUCGCCACGCGCAUGCACCUCCAUGUCUGGCAGAUGGACCAGGAUGCACACGGCUCUGAUGCCCUUGGGAUGAUUUAUUUGUUUGAUGUGCUCCCGGCCGACCUUAGGGCAUGACGUAUUGUUGCGUGGCUUAUUCGGCGCCAUUUGUGGAGUGAGAUUUGAACUGAAGGGAUCGCUUUGGAGGCGCUUAACUUGUAGGAACAUAUUUCUUGUUAAAGGUGGUAGGUGCCUUUGGUUGGCCUUGAUCUAUACAACAUCAAUAGAUGUCUAGUUUCCACUGUGAGGGC